AUGUCGUACCUAAGCGGAUAUGAUAGCGAAGCCGUGGGCUUCGACUCUGUUAACCAAAAUAAAAGGGCGGAAUCAAAUUCGGCUACGCAAACGAAUUUCGUCGAAUCUGGUACCGGGUGUCAGACGAACUUCACAAAAAACACAGGCUGCACUACGGAUGAAGGUUCAGAAGAUGACAUUUUAAAGGAAUACCCGCCGCCGGGCUUAAACGAUUUCUUGCGAAAGGUGGUACCUUCUAUGAUGGAGCAACUUGAUCGCAAUGACUUAGAGCUAUUAUAUAACUCUUCCGACUCUGAAGAUGAAGAUAUUAUAGUUUCGAAGUUGUUUCAAGAGUUGCCAGUUAAAAUUGACAUGCCUGGCCUUGGUGGUGGAGAUUAUCAGGCGUCGGUACUGGCCUUAUCUUGGAGCAGCGCUGGAAACUCGCUAGCGGUUUCCGUAGGUCAGAUACAGCACGAAACCUGGUGCCAGCACGAUGGCCUGAUCCGAAUUUUCACAGUAAAAAGAUCUGAACAAGACAAACUGGUUCACACACUGGAUAUUUCAGAGAAAAAUUGUAUCACGGUUGUCAAAUACCACCCUUCUGUCUCAGCUCUGCUUGCUUAUGGGACUACUUCCGGGGAAGUUGUUUUAUGCAAUCUCAGGAACUCUAUGCUUGAAGAUGGAAUGCAACUGUCUUCCCCAUCGGGUUGUCAUGGGUCCAGACGGGUAUCUGCUUUGGAAUGGGCGAACCCAUCUUUGGCGAACACAUUUUUGACAGCUCAGAUUACAAAGACCGGAAAGCGACGUGGAGCAUCUGAUCAGAUUUUAAUUUCUGCAGGUAGCGAUGGCACUAUGAACGUAUGGCAAGUUAACUCGAACUUACGAAUAUUUGAAAAUGUAAUUUGCUAUAACAUAAAUGGUUCUAAGAAGAUCCCGAGUCCUGAUAUUACUUGUUUCGACUUUAUUAAGAGCUGUCCUUUGCGUCCAAGUGAUGAGAAAGUUGCAGACGAUAUAUUUGUGGUGGGAACAAAGUCCGGAAAGUUGUUGCUUUGCAAGAUAAAGACUGAUUUUGUCCAUGAUAUGGUGGAUCCGGUUUACGAAGAGCUGGAAGGGCAUCCUACUUGUGUCCUGAAUUUGGCGUUCAGCUUUCAAAAACCUGGGAUGUUUGCUUCCGUUUCUAUGGAUUCUGAAUUGCGAGUGUACGAUGUUAACCAAGUUUGUCCUUUGAAGGUUCUCUGUCUCGACGUACCAGUGUCAAGCAUGUGCUGGCUGCCAAACAACCCUUGCGUGGUGGUUCUGGGCUUGUCCAAUCCUGAACAGGUCCAACUGAAGCUCUACAACAUAUCCAGCGGUCGGGCUUUGCCUAUUGACGGAUUUCAUGGAGUAGAGAGUGUUUGUGCUUUAUCAAUAUCGCAAAGCAGCGCAACGCGGAUCGCGGCUGGCGAUGCGGAUGGCACUGUGAAAAUUUGGGAACUACCCGCACGCAGGAUCCGACUCUCGCCGGAAGAUCUUGAGUUUUAAUCUGACAAUUCGCGCUCACCGUCAAACCAACUACCU